AUGGCUUUUAGUUUCGACCUAGCCGUCAUCCUCCAGCGGGAGAGAAGAAGAACGAAGAGGAGACGAAGAGACUUGUGCAAGAGCCGCCAACCGAUACCGGAGAUACCUUUCGAUCUCGUGAUAGAGAUUCUCACGAGACUGCCUGCUAAAUCCCUUAUGAGGUUCAAAUCCGUCUCAAAGCUCUGGUCAUCCUUGAUUUGUUCGCGAAACUUUACCAACCGCCUGCUAAAGCUGUCCUCCCCACCGCGUUUAUUUAUGUGUUUGAGCUCCUCCGACAACAGCCACCUCAAAACUGUACUACUAUCAUUGUCUUCUCCUCCUGACUCGGACAUUACAAUGUCUUCCAGUGUAAUUGAUCAAGAUUUGACCAUGCCGGGUAUGAAAGGCUACCAGAUCUCUCACGUUUUUCGCGGCUUGAUGUGCUUGGUAAAAAAAUCAAGUGCCCAAAUAUACAAUACCACGACUAGACAACUUGUUGUCUUACCUGACAUAGAAGAAUCCACCAUCUUAGCUGAAGAACACAAGAGUAAGAAGAUCAUGUACCAUAUCGGACACGAUCCCGUUUAUGAUCAAUAUAAAGUGGUUUGCAUAGUUUCUAGAGCUAGUGACGAAGUUGAAGAGUACACGUUCCUGUCAGAGCAUUGGGUCUUGCUACUAGAAGGAGAGGGAUCACGUAGAUGGAGAAAAAUAUCAUGCAAAUAUCCACCACAUGUUCCUUUAGGACAAGGAUUGACUCUCAGUGGUCGUAUGCAUUACCUCGCUUGGGUGCGUGUGUCGGAUAACCGUGUGCUUGUGAUUUUCGAUACUCAUUCUGAAGAAUUUAGUAUGCUCCAAGUACCUGGAGAUAUCUUUUGGAAAUAUAAUGGUCUUCUAGAAUACGGUGGGAAAAUAGCUAUUUUAAACUAUACCAAAGUUGAUAUCGAAGGUGUGAUGGAACUAUGGGUUGUGGAAGAUGAAGAGAAGAAUCUUUGGAGCAGUAAGAUAUUGGUGGUCAAUCCUUUGCAACUGCAGAUGGUCAAUAGCAUUAUUAGUUUGACGGUACUAGGAACAACUCGAAACGGCGAAGUUAUCUUGGUACCUGGUCCUGAAGACAAAACUGUUUUCAACAUUUUACUCUAUGAUUUACAAAAGAAUCAUAUUAGAAAAAUCGAAAUCAAAGGAGGACCAGACCGCUAUCUUAACAAUAUUUGGGAAGUCGUUGGAAUGGAUGAUGUUGAGAACUUAAUGUAUCUUUAAGUUCAUUGGCUUGUGUGUUAAUUUUUUUUCUUUUUUACCAAUUUGUUUUUCUAUUAUUUUAGUUGUUUUGUUAUGCUACCUAAUUUAAUUGUGAAGAAUUCG